UUUUAGCUGAGGCCAAAGGCCCGGGUGAACAGAUGGUGUUUGAGUUGUUUUUUGAAAGUGUCCAGAGAGUCGGCAUUCCUGAUAGCAGAGGGGAGAGCAUUCCAGAGGGUGGGAGCUGCGACAUUGAAAGCCCUGUUGCCAAAGGUUUUUAGCUUGGAGCGCUGGAUGGAGAGCAGCCCGUUGUCGGAGGACCGCAGUUGACGAGAGGGGGUGUAGGGCUGAAGGAGGUCAGAGAUGUAAGCAGGGGCUAGUGAGUGGAGAGAUUUGUAAGUUGGCAGGAGGAGUUUGUAUUGGAUUUGUGACUUGACAGGGAGCCAGUGAAGGUGGAUGAGGGUAGGGGUAAUGUGUUGCCAGGGCUUAGUGUGGGUGAGGAGUUAUGGACGUACUAGAGCCUGUGCAGGGCUUUGCUGGUGACCCCGAACAGGACUCCAUUGCAGUAGUCCAGGCGUGAGGAGAUGAAUGUAUGAAUUAAUGUUUCUGCAACGGGGUCGGGGAGAGAGGGCCGGAGUCUGGAGAUGUUUCGAAGGUGGAAGAAACGCAGUUUUGACAGUUGACCUGAUGUGGGAGUUGAAGGACCCAGAGGAGGAUGAACCGAAUCUGAGAGUCCUUUUGGAGCACCGCUUUUCCAAGGAAAAGAGCAAGAGUGUGAAGCAGACCUGCGACAAGUGUGGUGCCAUCAUCUGGGGCCUUAUCCAGACGUGGUACACCUGCACAGGUUGCUAUUAUCGUUGCCAUAGUAAGUGUAUGAACUUGAUCACCAAGCCCUGUGUCAGGGUAAAAGUCAGCCACCAGUCGGAGUACGAGCUCAGCAUCUGCCCGGAGAUCGGACUGGACCGACAGGACUACCGCUGUGCAGAAUGUCGCACACCUAUUUCCCUGAGGGGCGUGCCCACUGAAGCCAGGCAGUGCGACUACACAGGCCAGUAUUACUGCAGCACAUGCCACUGGAACGACUCCGCCGUGGUCCCAGCUCGUGUCAUACACAACUGGGAGUUUGACCCACGCAAGGUUUGUCGCUCCUCAAUGCGUUACCUUGCUCUGAUGAUCUCACGUCCUGUGCUGAGGCUGAAAGAAAUCAACCCGCUGCUAUUCAACUUCGUGGAGGAACUGGUUGAGAUCAGGAAGCUCCGUCAAGAUAUUCUGUUGAUGAAACCCUAUUUUAUUACCUGUAAGGAGGCCAUGGAGGCUCGACUAUUGCUACAGCUUCAAGAUCGUCAGCACUUUGUGGAGAACGACGACAUGUACUCACUUCAGGAUUUGAUUGAUAUCUCCAGUGGCAGACUCAGCUGUUCCCUCACAGAGAUCCACACCACAUUUGCUAAACACAUCAAACUAGACUGUGAGCGCUGUCAAGCCAAAGGAUUUGUGUGUGAGCUGUGUAAGGAAGGAGACAUACUGUUCCCGUUUGACAGUCACACCUCCGUCUGCUACGACUGCUCUGCUGUCUUCCACAGAGAUUGUUACUAUGACAACUCCACAACUUGUCCGCGAUGUGCCCGAAUGACUGACCGCAAGCAGGACGAAGUGCCAGAUGUGAAGGAUGCAUAACUCUGGAGAGGACCGCCUGAUGUUUCUGGAUGUUGCACUUUGCCUCGUGUUGUGCUCUACCCAAUCAACAGAAGACUAGCUUUUCGUCCUUGUCCUGGUUUGUUUUGUGCGUAUGUUAAUAUUUUAGUGUCUAUAUCUUCCUGUGCACUAAACAUGAAGCAGGGUACUUAGAAACCCAUCUGGAAAUUAAUAUAUAUAUAUAUAUAUAUAUUUGUAUCCAACUUUUUGAUUCAUACUGAAACUGGAUGUACUGAACACUGUGUAUGUGUUUGUUUGAGUGAGUUACGUUAUUUUGUGCGUCUGCUUGUAUAAAUGUAUAAAAUAUAGAGAAAAGCCACAUCAACAUGGGUGAUUAUGCAUGCAGGAGUUGUUGUAUAUUAACCAUUAAGAUCCUCGACUUCAUUAACCUAAACUGCCAACAUCGCUGAAUAAUAAACUUUAAGGUUGCCAUAUAUGAUAAAUGGAUAAUAACUAGCUUUAAAAGACUAAUUAACUUUAGUAAUAUUAACCGUAACUUUCGCUUUAGCUUCCAGUUUUUGUUUUAUACCACAAUUUUGUGAACAGGCUAUUGUAAUUUAGGAGAGUUACCUUCUAAGCUACAAUUUCACAAUUAGUUUACAAUAAUAAAUCUAAUAGAUUGACUAUGUGAUCAUAUUCAGAUAUUGGCAACAGGUAUAUUAUCACAGCAUGCAUAACCAGUAUAUUUUUUCUUGUAAGAAGAAUUGUAGAGCUACAAAAAAUAAUAAUAAUAUGGAAGUUAAAUGUGCUUUCCUUUAUUCAAAACUGUCAACUCAUUUCAGACGGUUUGUUAUGCGUUUGAUCUGUUCAGUGUGGUGCAGUGAGUAGCACAUGGUUGUGAAUACUAAUGAACAUUGUGUGCCUAAGAUAGUCAGGUUACAUACAGCUGUUAUCCAAACGUCUUAUUACAUUUACCAUCAUGUUAAUGGUUUCAGUCUUAAAUGACCUAUAGCACAUGUUGUCCAGGGAUGUCAAAGAUGUUACGUGACAACUUUGAUAAUGUGUAAUUGUUGACCUCAAAUAUUUGUUUAAAAAUAAUUAAUGAUGGCUGUGUUAUCUUUCAGCAUGAUUUACUGUAUUUUUUUUUUCAAACUAAUGGAGUUGGGAAUACCCAUGCCCUGUUGUAUAACAUGUUGAGUAGUGCAUGAAUAAAGUAAUGGAUGCAUUACAACUGCAGUUUUGUGCUUAACUCCAGUUCAACUGCCAUCUGUUCGUGGACAAAUGAUAAUAACUGGACCUCAUUUUAACGUGUGUAAAACCUUUAAACUUUUAAAUAAAAAUUAUAAGAAAAUUA